CUUGACCCCUUAAAAAAUAAAAACCCGUCCCAAACCCAUCAAACCCUACUGACCUGACCUGACCUGACCGACCGCACUCGAUCUGUUUCGACAGACCCUUCGAUCCCCUCAUCACCAUGGCACCCAAGAAGGAAAAGGCUCCCCCACCGUCUUCAAAGCCAGCGAAAUCAGGCGGAGGCAAGCAGAAGAAGAAGAAGUGGAGCAAGGGAAAGCAAAAGGAGAAGGUCAACAACAUGGUCUUGUUCGAUCAGGCCACUUAUGAUAAGCUCCUCUCUGAAGCCCCCAAGUUCAAGCUCAUCACUCCUUCUAUCUUGUCUGACAGGCUCAGGAUUAAUGGAUCAUUGGCACGGCGCGCCAUUAAGGAUUUGAUGGCAAGGGGUUCUAUCAGGAUGAUUUCUGCUCAUGCUAGCCAGCAGAUUUACACCAGGGCCACCAAUACCUGAGAAGUUGUUUGUCUAGGCCAUGGGAGGCACAAAACUUCCGCUUAAUAUUAGCCAUGUUAGGAAACUAUUGACCUUAUCAGUUAUAUUAUGCAUUGUCUAUGUUCAUAUGCCCAAG